GUUGUAAUUUCAAGUUAGUUGGCGGGCUCAAACCACAUGUUGCCACCUCUGCGCCACCUACUGCCUCCUCGAUUCUUGUCUUCUUCUUCUUCUUCUUGUGCCUUCCUUCCUUCCUUCCCUAGUCUCUACGUUUCAUUCUGUUAACACAGGUAGAAGCGCAGAUUCCAGAAGCUCUAAACAAUGGAAUUAUUGACGGAUCCCUUAUUUUAAUAUAUUGACAUCGAUUCUCGUGCAUCUAUCGGAUCGGUUAGUCAUGGCAUCGGCAGCGGUGAACAAGAUCGAGCGGGCACACCAGAUGUACCGGGAGGGACGGCACUCGGAAGCGCUAGGCUUUUACACCGAGGCCCUGGCCCUGGCCAAAACCAAGCCUCAAAUGAUCGCUCUUCAUAGCAACCGGGCCGCUUGUUUUCUCAAACUCCACGAUUUCAACAAGGCCGCAGAAGAAUGCACCUCAGUUCUUGAACUUGAUCACAAUCACAGUGGAGCACUGAUGCUGCGUGCCCAAACACUUGUCACCCUUAAGGAGUAUCACUCGGCACUAUUUGAUGUCAACAGACUCUUGGAUUUGAAUCCAUCAUCAGAAGUUUAUCAAAACCUUCAAGCUCGUUUGAGGACACAAUUGUCACUUGCUCCAAUAGCUGAAUCUGAAGCAGAGCUAGAAGAUGAGGAAGAUUAUAAAGAUGAAUCAAAACCAAAUGGAAAUGAAGAAAAGGAACAAUACAAGGAAGAAGAAAAUGCGGUAGUUACAGUAGGAAUAGAUCAGAAAGAGUUUGAUGGGACUCUUAUAAAUGCCGACGUUAAUGUGCCUGAGAUGCAGAGGCCCAAGGAAUCAUAUGAACAGGAAAGGGAGAAAUCCAAGCCUACAAAGAACUCUUUUACUGCUGUAGAGAUUGCCCCUAAAGUGCAGAGCAACAAGGAACUGUUUGAACAAGAUUCUAAAGGAUGGCAAACAAUUCCAAAACCAAAGGGACACUCAACUCUAGACUACGCAAGGUGGGACAGAGUUGAAGACAAUUCUAGCGAAGAAGAUGAUGAUGAAGAAGAGUCUUGCCCGCAGUAUAAGUUUCGUGUGAAAACCAUUGGUAUGCGACCGGUAAAGUGAGAGAGAGAGAGAGAGAGAAUUAUUUGGGAACCUCCCAUUUGGGGGGCUAUCAUGUCCAAACUUAAGCUAGGAACGACCAACUUUGACUGGUAGGAGAGCUUGGCAAUAGAACAGAUGGAUGCAUGAGCAAUGUGUACGAGAGGAUUUUCAUGCCAACCUCCGGCUCGAGAAAAUCCAACUAUUUUCAGUCUGGUUUCUCCUAUUGUGCAGCAAUUCAAAUGCUUUAUUCUAUCAAACAGUGUCGCUUGGAGGGACGGUACCAACCAUUUUACUCACAACUACUACCAGACGCCCAGGUUUAUCUGAAUUCUAGAUCCGCAAUAACGUGCCCAUGUAUAUAAUUUAUAUGGGACGUUCAUAUAUUUAUUUUAUAAUUGAGAAUGCUCAGGCCAAGGAAAUGCUUUGUGA